ACAGAUUGAAACUAGCUUCCAUUGGCAUCAGCAUGUUUCUGGCCAAAAGUCUUGUGUGCCUUGCCUUUUUGGCGAUGGCGUACGCCCAGUUCGACACCAACUAUGCGUCCGGCCGCAGCGGCAUGGUGCACCUCUUCGAGUGGAAGUGGGACGAUAUCGCCGCUGAGUGCGAGAAUUUCCUGGGUCCUAACGGCUUUGCCGGUGUCCAGGUAUCUCCCGUGAACGAGAACGCCGUGAAGGAUAGCCGCCCCUGGUGGGAGCGCUACCAGCCCAUCUCCUACAAGCUGGUAACCCGCUCCGGAAACGAGGAGCAGUUCGCCAGCAUGGUCAGGCGUUGCAACAACGUCGGGGUCCGCACCUACGUGGACGUCGUCUUUAACCAUAUGGCAGCCGACGGAGGUACCUAUGGUACUGGAGGCAGCACGGCCAGCCCCAGCAGUAAGAGCUACCCAGGAGUACCCUACUCCUCGCUGGACUUCAACCCCACCUGCGCCAUCAACAACUACAACGACGCCAACGAAGUGCGCAACUGCGAGCUAGUCGGCCUGCGGGAUCUGAACCAGGGUAACUCCUACGUGCAAGACAGGGUGGUCGAAUUCCUUGACCACCUCAUCGACCUCGGUGUGGCCGGGUUCCGGGUGGACGCCGCCAAGCACAUGUGGCCCGCGGAUCUGAGCGUCAUAUACGGCCGUCUCAAAAGUCUGAACACCGAUCAUGGCUUUGCCGCGGGUGCCAAGGCCUACAUCGUCCAAGAGGUCAUUGACAUGGGCGGCGAGGCGAUCAGCAAGUCCGAGUACACUGGACUGGGCGCCAUUACCGAGUUCCGCCACUCCGACUCCAUCGGCAAGGUCUUCCGUGGCAAGGACCAGCUGCAGUACCUAACCAACUGGGGCACAGCCUGGGGCUUCGCUGCCUCCGACCGAUCCCUUGUCUUCGUCGACAACCACGACAACCAGCGCGGACACGGAGCAGGUGGCGCCGACGUGCUCACCUAUAAGGUGCCCAAGCAGUACAAAAUGGCCUCGGCCUUCAUGUUGGCCCAUCCCUUCGGCACUCCGCGUGUCAUGUCCUCCUUCUCCUUCACGGACACCGACCAGGGCCCGCCAACCACCGACGGCCACAACAUCGCCUCGCCCUCCUUCAACAGCGACAACUCCUGCGGCGGCGGCUGGGUGUGCGAGCACCGUUGGCGCCAAAUCUACAACAUGGUGGCCUUCCGGAAUGCCGUUGGCUCGGACGCGAUCCAGAACUGGUGGGACAACGGCAGCAACCAGAUCUCCUUUAGCCGCGGCAGCCGGGGCUUUGUGGCCUUCAACAACGACAACUACGACCUGAACAGCUCCCUGCAGACCGGCCUUCCCGCCGGCACCUACUGCGACGUUAUCUCCGGCUCCAAGAACGGAUCGUCCUGCACUGGUAAGAGCGUUACAGUCGGAUCCGACGGACGUGCCAGCAUUUAUCUGGGUAGCUACGAGGACGACGGUGUCCUUGCUAUCCACGUCAACGCAAAGUUGUAGACAACUGCAGCCAAGUCAACAUUUUAUUGAGAUUACUAGUUAUAAAUACAUGACAAGAUUACAAAAA